CAAGGGCAUGUACGUCAAAACGCACUCUUCUCUCCAUCUUAAUCCAAAAUCCCCUCUAAAUCUCUCUCUCUCUAUAUAUAUAUAUACCCAUACAGUUACUAGAAUUAAUAAGAACUCCAAGUGGGAGAGAUCGAGUAGAAUUUUCUUUUUUUAAAAAAGAAAAAAAAAACCCUCAUUGAUGGACUACAGUCCCAAACUGCGGCGGCAGGGCUCCUGCGGUUGCCCGGCAGUCGACGUCGUCAUCGGCGGCAUCUGGUGCAACUCUCGCCGCAGCAGGACGGCAGGCUUCCAACGUACCUUCGCCGCCAACAACUACGACUACGACGACGAUGCAGAAGUCUACUACUACAACGACGACGAUCCCUUGGGCUACUACCAUCCUUCGUCGUCGUCGUCGUCGUCCGGCCGAUCAUCGUCGUCGUCGUCGGGCCGAAAGGCGGUGCUGCGUGGCCUGUGGCGGCGCAUCAUGAAGGAGAAGAGGCGAGUACUGCUGUGCGCGCCGCAGCGGCCGCCACACGUGCCGUACGACGCGAGCACGUACGCGCAGAACUUCGACGAGGGGGCCGCGUGGGGCGAGCCGGAGAACCUGUCACGGUCGUUCUCCGCACGGUUCGCCGUGCCGUCGCGGGUGCUGCGGAGAUUGUGAUUGUGUUUCCAUGGCGGUUUAGGCCUAGUCUGGUAAUGCGUUCUUCAAAUGCAACUGCUUUAGUAAUUUCGACUUCCGCGAAAUGGGAAGUGUUCUGAUCCUACGAAAAGAUGUUUCUGGAUGUUUUUAUUGCCAAUUAUUGUUCUUGGUAUUGAAUUUGAUGGAAGAAUCAAAGUGAUGUUGAAUUUUGGAGAACGUACCAAAAUAUCUCUAAAUUGGCAUUCAUGUAUGUGUUCUAGCUAGGAAAGGUCAAACUAGUUCACCUGUUUUGUAAAUCCAAAGCUUGUUUGUUAAUGUUUCGUUCUCUUUCUCUCCCUCUCAUUUUAUUCUAGGUGAGUUUUUAUUAUUAUUAUUAUUAGAUAUUAAGAAUUAAGAGGAAA